AGUUCAACACAGGAAGUGGGUUGGCAAAUUCAACAUGGCUGUUGUCUGCUGUUAGAAGGAGAGCUGUCUUAAGCAAUGAUAUAAUCAGGCUAUCUCAAACCAUAGGAGAGUUGACUCCGUUUAGUAUUAGCUGGUUUUGACGGUGGUCCGACAUGGCCAAUUGUGUUCAGUCUGUGCAGGAGUUCGUUCAGGACUCGUUUGUUCCGAUGGUGGCCGUCUUAUGUAGCGAAGAAGCGGAGAGGGUGACUCGCAAGAACAACCUGAAUUUCGCUGAGCUCCUAAGGCCUUUCUGCAGGCUAACGUCCGAAGGUCACAUCCGGGACCCCAACAAUCAGGUGCAGGUUGUGAAAAACCUGCGCAUCUGUGUCAACAAUAUGGCAACGAGCCCAAGCACAGCGUCUGCUGUGCUCAGCCCUGCCCAGAAGCAACUACUCAAUGAAGUGGUGUUAUCCUGCCAGCCACAAGAGGGCGCUGUAACCAGUGUGAUCACAGCAGGAGACUAUGUGCUGAACUUCAGUGCAACCACGCCCUGGUUUGAAACCUACAGGGAGAACUUCCUGCAGUCGAUGCCUGCCUCCGACCAUGAGUUCCUCAAUCACUACCUCGCCUGCCUGCUGGUGGUGUCUUCCACUGAGGCAGUCCCUGUGGAGCAGUUCCUCAAACUUUCCCAGGAGCAGCACAGGAUUCAGCACAGUGGAGAAUACACUAACCCCAAGUGGUUUAUCCCCAACACGCUCAAGUACUAUGUCUUACUGCAUGACAUGAGUGAGGGUGAUGAACAGAGGGCAGAUUCGGUAUAUGAGGAUAUGAAACAGAGGUAUGGUUCUCAAGGCUGCUAUCUGUUGAAAAUGAACUCUCGUACCUUCUCAGCUGAAGAAGAUGAACAGAUUCCAGACCCCUGGAGUCAAUACCUGCAGAGGAAUAAUCUGCAAAACCAGGAUUUGCUUGAUGAUGUAGCUCCAACUGUGAACAGUGCUGCUGUUGAGAACAAUAUCAGUGCAGCUGAAGUGGACAGCCUUCACUCAACAGUGAAAGAUGGAGUGUCCAACAGCCUGGAAAGCCAUCCUCUCCAGCUGGACACAGUAAGCAGCUCGGGGAGCCUGCACACCCUCAGUGCUAUCAGCACUGACCUGAAGAAAGGUGCAAGAGAUCCAGAGAGCCUGGCUGGAGGAGCAGGGAGCCACGGGGCAUGUCUGACCCUGAAUGACCACGACCACAUCAGACAGUUCAUCCAAGAGUUCACCUUCAGAGGCCUACUGCCACACAUAGAGAAGAACAUCAGGCAGCUCAAUGACCAGCUGGUCUCCAGGAAAGGUCUGAGCCGGUCUCUGUUCACUGCAACCAAGAAGUGGUUUGGUGGAGGGAAAGUUCCAGAGAAGAGCAUCAGUGAACCAAAGAGCACUUUUGGCCUUCUAUAUCCCCCAGAAGCCCCUGAGCUACAGAUCAGGAAGAUGGCUGACCUGUGCUUCCUGGUUCAGCACUACGAGCUGGCCUACAGCUGUUACCAUACUGCCAAGAAAGACUUCCUGUCAGACCAGGCCAUGCUGUAUGCUGCAGGGGCACUGGAAAUGGCUGCAGUGUCAGCCUUUCUGCAGGCUGGAGCUCCCAGACCAUAUCCAGCACACUACAUGGACACCGCAAUACAGACGUACAGAGAUGUCUGCAAGAACAUGGUGCUGGCUGAGCGCUGUGCUUUACUUAAUACUGAGAUACUCAAGAGUCAGGGCAAAUACUCAGAGGCUGCAUCUCUCCUCAUUAAGAUGACCAGCGAGGACUCCGACCUGCGCAGUGCUCUGCUGCUGGAACAGGCUGCUCAUUGCUUUAAUAAUAUGCGUAACCCUAUGGUGCGCAAGUUUGCCUUCCAUAUGAUCCUGGCUGGUCAUCGUUUCAGCAAAGCAGGACAGAGGAGGCAUGCACUUCGAUGUUACUGCCAAGCCAUGCAGGUGUAUAAGGAAAGGGGCUGGUCUUUAGCAGAGGACCAUAUCAACUUCACAAUUGGUCGACAGUCCUUCACACUUCGCCAACCAGAGAAUGCUAUAAUAGCCUUCAGACAGAUCCUGACCAAUGACAGCAGGCAGACGGCCACACAGCAGGGCGCCUUUCUCAGAGAGUAUCUCUAUGUCUACAAGAGUGUGACAGGGGGAAAUGAAGUCAGCCUCCCCCAGCUGCCUCUGCCCUACAUCCACAGCUCAGCCACAAGGGUCUACUUUGGACAUGAACGCUGCCUUGCAGAAGGGGAAAAGCAGGCAGCAACUCAUGUGUCCCUAGACCAGGAAUAUGACCAGGAUUUGGCAGCUGUGUGGUGCCACCUAGAGGAGCAGCUUGUGGCUGCCGCCAAUCAUGGGGCCAUCCCUGUAAACUUCCAGCCCACCCAGUGCUGCCUGAACAGCCAGACAGACAACUUGCGCCACCCACUAGCUGUAGUAGAGGAGCCAAUCAUAGUGGAGGUGAUGUUUAGGAACCCUCUGAAGGUUUCUCUGGCUCUGUCCAACCUCUCACUCCUCUGGAGGUUCACUGCCGAUGGUGUGUCUCCAUUGAAGGAGAAGACCACUGAAGAGUUGGCAGGAGAGGCCAUCACCAAUGAGGAGACCAUGACUCCAGGGAUGACACAGAAAGAUGAUAUUGUCACCACUGAGGUAAUCCUGGAGUUUCAUAUGGGUCCAGAGGAGACCAAAAUGGCUCGGCUCAGGCUGCUGCCACAAGAACUGGCCAGCUGA